AUGUCCAUAUCAGCAAUUGCCUCGCUGAGGCCCGCCAGAGGCAACUGCAUCCGCCAUGCCACCACCGGCGUGCUCUCCGUCCAGGUCAGAUCCCCGGCUGCGUCUGUCCACUUGCGAGCCGUCGUGGCUCUGCGACCCGAGCAGAGGCGGCAUCAAUCGACCUCGCAAUCACCUCAGGACAAAGAUUCAGCCCCCGAAAAGAAGCCCCAGAUUACGUUUCGCCAGUUUGCCGGGCGCGCGCUCGGAGUCAGUCUGCGGAACCUCGUCGUUGCGCUGAGUCCUCGAGGCAUCCGGCAGGCGUAUCGCGAGAAUCCGGGCGCGACGACGCUGAAUAUCCUUCUUCUGGUAUUCACCUUUGUCUUCUCGGCGGUCGCCAUCCGAGCAUACAUCAACACGUUCUACAACUCGCAGUUCAGCAGAUACCCCGAGCCAGUCGCAAACACUCUGCGCCGCGCCAUCUACUACACAAACUACAAACCAGACCCCGAACUCGCGCUGAGAUUCUACAAGAAGGCAAUGGAGCAAUGUGCUGAGAUCGGCCUAGACCCCUUCUCCGACGAAGUGCUGGGCAUCAGGAUCCAGGUGGCGUUCUGGCUCGAGAAAAUCAACAGCCACAAAGCUGCCAUUGACGUGCUCGAGUCUGUCCUCGGGGACUGCAGGAAGUGGAUCGAUGUCAUGGAGCAAUCCGUCAAGGACGGCAAGGUGGACGACCAGGGGAGAUACGCGGCUUCAGAGAGCAAAACUGGGCAAGCAGCUUCCGAGGAGAAAGCGAGCCCAGCAGCUCCUGAGAGCAAAACUGGAGAGGCCGAUGACUCAACUGCUGCUCCCCCAGAGCCCAGUGAGACUCUGUGGCGCAAACGUGAACGAUUGCUUCUCAAGGCUAUUUCAACGAGCGUCAAGCUUGGCGAACUAUACGCGGAUGAGCAUGUGCUCAACCCGGACAAGUCGCACUCUCAUCUCGUUUGGGCAGUCGAGACCUCCUUGAAGGAGUUCCGGAGACGGAGAACCGAUGGUCCCAAACCGGGGGAGGAAAAGUGGCUCAGCCCAGAGGAGCUUGGAGGAUCGAUGGAAUCGCUGGGCCGGGACUACGAGCGGCGGUCCCAGUUCCAGCUUGCCAUUCCCCUAUUCUUCCAGGCCCUUCGGCUGUGCGAAAGCCCGUGCCAUCGCGCAGUCAUCAUGAACAACUUGGCGGCGGCAUUUGCUCAGCAGCCCAUCUACGCCGCGGCGGGCACAACGGAGCCGGCCGAGGGAUUGAAAGAGCUCUUCGACGCCUCCAUGCCCACGACGCGUAAAGACUGUCUUGAGGCUGGCCUCAACUGGGCGCAGAACGCCUAUCUUCAUGCCCAGGACGUCAAGGGUGACGACCGCACACCAGAGUGUGACGAAGCCUGUGCCGUUGCGCUUUGCAACUGGGGAGACGUUGCAGCCAUGCUGGGAAAGACUGAGCUGGCGAGGAAGAAGUACGAGAAAUGCAUCGCGAUGAGCAACAAGAUGGAGUUUCCUGAGGGGGUGAAGCAAGCUCAACAGGGCAUCACAAGGUUAGCUUCUGCAUCCUCGACCAAGGCAUAA